AUGAAAGGGAGACAAUCGUUGUGGUUGUUGUUGUUGUCUGUCCCAUAUUUUUUCCUUUUUUUGUGGAAUGAGAAUGUAAUGUGUCAAAGUUUGUUGCCCGUAUCUUAUGCUUCUCAUCAAAUGUAUUCCUUCGAUAAAUUGACACCUCAUGAAAUAAAGAGUGACUUGAAAAAAACGUUCGUUAAUUUUAUUACUAGUAAGAUACAAGUAUUAAAAAAUAAAUUCAAAUUAUAUGAUAUAAAAAAUACAGAGAAAUCUAAUAAUGAAGAAAGUAAUGAUAGUGAUUUGAUAGGUGAUGCAUAUAUAUCUUCUUUAGAAGAUGAGAUAAAACAUUUACUGGAACAAGCCGAAAAUAAAAGGAUGUUAUCAAAAAAAAUAAAAUCAUCUUAUGAUAGAGCACAUAAAAAUUUAAAAAGAAAAAGAAAUGUGGAAGAUGAUGGAAAGAUGAAAAAUGUUUUAAAACAAAAUUUACAACACAUUAAUUAUUUGAAUAAAAAAUCGGAUUAUUUAGAAAAGAAAGCAGGAGAAUUAAAAAAUAUUCUAGAACAAAGAAGUAAUGAAAAUGUGAAAGAAGGGUAUAAUAAUGAUGAAAAUAGUAUAUAUAAUAAUGCAAAUCAUAAUAAUUGUUCUAUUUCAAAGAGGGGUACUUUAAAAUUUAUUAAUUCUUCGAAUGGUUUAAAACAUUCUAUUGAUAAUGUCAAGGGUAUGAUUAAUGAAAAUGGAUUUACAAUAUUUUAUAAAAAUAAAAAAAAAAUGACAUAUUUUUGGAGUGUUUUAGAGUUACCAAUUAAAAUGAUAGGAAGUAUAGAACAAUGUUUUUAUUUUAUUUAUAAAAAUAAUAAUCAAAUAUUUUGUGCCGAUAACAAAAUAAAAGCUCAUUCAUGGAUUAAUAGUUUAAGUGAAGCAUCCUUGUGUUUUCAUUUUGGUAUAAAAGGUGUUUUAAUUAAUACUAAUAUAAAUAAUAUUAAUAAAAAUGACGAUAUUAAUAAUACAAAUGAAGAAAACGAUAAAAAUUCUGAUUUUAUGAAUAAUAUUAGUAAAGAUAUAAAACAAGGAAAAAAAAAUAAACAAAGAAAAAUUGAUGAUAGUUCAUUAACAGUUGAUAUAAAACCUGAGGAUACUGGCACACGUAUUUUUGUUAAUAAUGUGGAACAAAAAAUAAACAAUGACAUACCAGGAAAAGAUAAUGUUUUCAAUUUGAAUGAUAUAAAAAAGAAAAUGGAUGAAGAAAGGAAAACACCUCAAAGUGAAAAUGAUGAAGAUCAACAAGAAGCGUAUGAUAAAAUGGAGAAAGAUGAAAAAGAAGAUAGUCAAAAGGACUAUGAUGAUUAUGAAAUAUAA